CAGGUGAGAAAGCAUUACGUUCAAAGCAUCCCUCAAGAAAUCUCCCUUGCUAAUGGCUGUAAUAACGUCCCAACGAUCGUGCAUGAAAUGAUGCAUGCAAUAGGUAAUUUUUCUCUCGCGUUUUUAUGCGAUGGACAAAAAGAUCAUGGGCUUCCCUUAUCGUAUGUUCUAGCUAGGUAUUCGAGGUUUACAUGCGGGACUACAAUGUGAUCUACAGUACAUGGUUUGUAGGGGUGAAGCCAGCUUUUCGACUAAUUUUAGGUUUGGUUGGCUUUCAUUUCCACCUAUCCUGAAAAUUGUACGCAUGGCUAGUACGCAGUGACCUCACCAACACUUUUAGCUCUUAAUAUAACUUUUUUUAGCUCACCCCAACAACGCAUAAUUUAUUACAAACAGUAGACUGGUCAAAUAAAAAAUUUGUAGUCCCAGGUCUCCAGGUCUAUGGGCUGGCCCUGAUUGAAGUUGCAGUACUUGAAGUAUCAAUGAUGUUUCGUUUCAACAGUUCUUUACUUUGCUCAAGAGAGAAUAAAAAACUUUAUAAUUAUCCUCUCUUGCUUUGCUUUAACGCACUCCGUUACAAAAACGUUCUUGUUAAGGUGGCUGAACAUAGUUUUGGUAGUUUGUGAGUAUAUGUCAUUUGUCAAAUCAUGGCAAGAGAAAGGUUGCAGCUCACAAGCCGAAACUUGGCAGGUGAAAAAUAUACUGAUGAAAGAUUUUGAUCGAGAGGUAAAAUGUGACGUUUUCGUUGUUUCCAUGGCAACAUGAACGAUUGAACACAACCUUAAAAUUUCACUUUUGCUCGGUCUCCAAAAAGAAUUUUUCGGCCCUUCGAGCCUCAGUUUGGUCUAAAAAUAAGGGGGGAGCCGGGUCCCCCCGGCCACUCCCAUGGAUCCGCCACUGGUAAUAUAGAUCCAGUUGUAUAUAGCAUCUUUCAUAUCUGCUUCAGGUUUCUUCCACGAGCAAUCAAGAAGCGAUCGAGAUAAAGAUGUCAAGAUCUAUUGGGAGAACAUUCUACCUAGUAAGAUAUUGCAUACAGUAGUAAAUCAUACUUACGUUGUGUUAACCGGCCAUCAGCAACAGACGGCAAACUAUUGUUACAAACUGAAAGCUAAAAAGGUCUAUUUAUUUUCGACGACACGACCUUUUACUCAAUUGUCAAUUGAAAAAAAAUGGUUUGUUUAACUAGUACUUUGAAAUCUACGUGAUAUCUUUAGAAGUGUUCAGAUAUCUAUUCUGACUUCACUAACACGAGAAAAGGAACAAUUCUCGUGCCAAAACCAUAAAAAAUCCGAAACUAUCCCUCGAAUGCCGCGCGCCCCUUAACCGUGCCGUCAGAAAUGCUAUUUAUUUCUGUCCAAUUCGUUCCCAUGUUUCUCAAACGUCAGAAAUUACAUUUUUUUUUUGGCAUCAUUCACCAUUCCUGGGGUCUCAGUUACUUUCCAAUUGUUAUAGAAUGCAUCAAAAAAGCGUUUUUGAAUUUGAGGAUGAUGGAGUAAUAUCAUGAAAUGCUCCUUCAUAGUUAAAUGUGUGCAAAUAUGUCUUUACAAGAAAUACGUUAAGCCAAGUGUGUUACCUACCUACCUACUCUACCUACCUCACCUACCUAAUUUUGUUUUAUUUCAGAAUCUAAAGACCAGUUUGACAAAUAUUCGUGGAGGACUACUGAUAAUUUGGGCGUGUCCUACGAUUAUCAAUCCGUCAUGCAUUAUGAUAGACUGGCAUUCACCAAAUACGGCAAACCCACCAUUGUAGCCAAUGGAAACGAGAACAUGGAAUUUGGAACUCCGAAACACCUUCUAAGUACAAGAGACGCAGUCGAAAUCAAUGCUUUAUACAAUUGCAGAAGUGAGUAA